CGGACGGACGGACAAAUGCAGCUAAGCCUCAGCAAGCAGACCCCUGCUGGGCCCCUGGGGGAGCAGGGUGACCGCCAGCAGCCGCUGCAGGGAUGCCGCCCUGGCGCGAGCCACCCAGACCACUUCCACAUGCAGUCGGAGUCUUUGGUCGGUCCCCUGAUGCAGAGCAUCUCCCACCAGCACUGGAAGGUGCGAGUGGCCAUCAUCGAGGCCACAGGCACGGUCGUCCAGUUUGGCAGCGGGAAGUCAGUGGAUGAUGUGCUUCCUCACUUUGCUCAGCGGCUCUUUGACAACGUCCCCCAGGUGCGGCAGGCGGUGACCCGCGUGGUGGGGGAUUGGCUGCUGCGCCUCCGGGACCGCUAUUCCUUCUUCCACAAGCUCAUCCCGCUGCUGCUGAGCAGCCUUGACGACGAGAUACCUGAAAUCGCGCGUGAGGCGGCCAACCUCUGGGAGAAGGUGGGCCUGCAGUGGCAGACAGAGAACGAGGAGGACCUCAAAGACAAGCUGGACUUUGCUGGCCCACCCCCCGCCCACCACCCCUCGCCAGGGAGCCGCCCGGGGCUGGGCUGCCGCGAGCUCGUCUUCAGAAACCUCUCCAAGAUCCUUCCUGCCGUCUGUCACGACAUCGGCGACUGGGUGGCGGGGACCCGGGUGAAGUCCGCGCAGCUGCUGGUGGUGCUGCUGCUCCACGCGGAGGACCACGUCACGCAGCACCUGGAGCCCGUCCUGCGCACCCUGCAGCACGCCUGCGCCGACGAGGAGCGGGCUGUGGUCAGCAGCUGCACGAGGUCUGCGCAGCUGAUCGGCACCUUCGUCAGCCCAGAGGUGUUUCUGAAGCUGAUCUUGCCGACACUGAGAAAGUCGCCCUCCCCCUCCGGCCUCCUGGUCCUCGCUUCGGUCAUCCAAGGCUGCCCGAGGGAGGCCCUCCGGCCUCAUGUGAAGAUCAUCGCUGCGGAGCUGGCCCAGGCUCACAUCUGCCAAGGGUCUGAAAACCUCCUCUACGGGGAGUCCCUGCUACUCUGCGUGCAGGCCGUGGUGGCCGUCAGCAGGGAGGACUGCCGGGGGUCCAGCCUGCAGCUCAUGGAGGUGUUGGUGACUGUCCUGGCGCUGUGGGGGGCCACGGGCCUCGGCGACAAGGUGCAGGAGACCCUGGCCACGCUGGCGGCGGUGGCGAGCAUGGACAGCAGCCUGGACUUGUUCCGCGAGCACACGGGCCCUCUUCUGGAGUGGCUGGCCGGCUCGCACCAGGCCUGGACCAUCCACUCUGCGGAACUUCUGCAGUUCGACGUGGUGGUCACCCACUCAGGCCCUGCUCUUGGGGAGGCGCUGCCCCAGCUGGUCCCUGUCCUCCAGAGCUGCCUCCAGCCAACCAGAGACCCCUCCAUGCGCCUGAGACUCUUCUCCACUCUGACAGGGGUGUUGCUGCGAGCCCGGGAGACGGUCGACUCACAAGGACAGUUCCACGCCUACCUUGACACCAUGAUCAAGGACAUCUUCGUCCCCAACCUCCAGUGGCACGCGGGCAGGACGGCGGGAGCCAUCCGCACGGCGGCCGUGUCCUGCCUCUGGGCACUUAUCAGCAGCGGGAUCCUGUCCAACAAGCAGGUGCAGGAAGUGCGGGGAACGCUGACGCCUCAGAUUCUAACCGCCCUGGAAGAAGACUCGCAGAUGACUCGGUUAACUUCAUGCAGAAUCAUCAGCGCAUUUUUAAAAACCUCUGAUGAUGUGAUCGAUCCAGACAAAUUCAUGAAGAUUUAUCCUGAACUCCUCAAGCGUCUGGAUGACGUUUCCACCGAAGUGCGGCUGGCGGCCACCUCCACCUUGGUGACCUGGCUGGAGCGGGCCGGGAAGGAGGGCAGGAAGAGCUGCGACCAGGGCAGCAUCCAGUACCUGUACAGGGAGCUCCUGGUGUACCUGGACGACCCCGAGAGCACCGUGCAGGACGCAGUCCUCGAGGCCCUCAAAGCAGGCAGUGCCCUGUUCCCCGACCUCCUGGUGCGAGAGACGGAGGCGGUGCUCCACAAGCAUCGCUCCCCGACCUACUGUGAGCAGCUGCUGCAGCACCUGCAGACCCUGCCGCCCGCUCCGUGACCGAGCCCGGCAUGGAGCCCUCAUCCUGACCUGCACCGGGACGUGUGGCCUUCAAGUCUCAUAACAACGGCCGGGGACACUCAGGCGCGACAGCAAGAGGGAUUCCCUGCACAGCGCGCCUGGUGUCUCCUGGGACAGUGCUUCAAACCCAGCAGUUUCUGAAAUAAUUUUCACUGAGUGGCUUUGUAUUUUUACGUCUAAUUCAUACAAUUCAUUGAGAGGUCUGCCGGAAUUCGACAGCUGACUUCAGACUGUCAUCUACUCACACGGGCAGCCCGGGCUGCGUGCUCCGCUGGGUUCAGGGACCGUUGCUGCUUUCUUGCUUAAAUGCCCACCAAGAAAGUUCUUGACUACUUAAAAAGGAAAGAGCCAAAGUGAUUAAAAAGAAAUGUUCUUUCUUUGGGUUCUGUCUACUAAAACUUAGUAUCUCAGUGAACAGACUGAAAAGAGCUUCAGAUCUUAAGAACUACUAUCGAUGAAGCCUUUCCCGUUUAAGAUACACUGGAACUUGCGAUGCUCCGUGGAUGUACUUGGUCACUGUUUUUUCUUAGGUCAGUGAUGCUGACUCU